AUGUCUCCUCGCAAUGUUUACCGACAUCGCGAUAGUUUCUCGAUGGGGAGUCACCCUCUAUCGCCAGCCCCAUCAUUUCUCCAAGCAACUCGACUAGAAGGUGACGAUAGCAAUACUGGCGAGUAUAUAUACAGAUGGAUCAAGCACGAUGGCCCAAAGAUCAGCCGUCCGAGGUCCAGCUACGGUAUCCCCAAAACUGACCAAGAUUAUCGGGACGCGGAAAAUCACAAGACUGAAAACAAACUACCUCUUGAACAAACCGUAAUGCACAAAGAGUUUCACAUCGAAGCGUUGCGGGGGCAGAUGCGGAAAUUGAUCAGCGAAAAUGCUGCAGAGUGCUCUCUCUUGAACGACAAGAUUCAGGGGCUUCAGACGCAGGUAGCUACUGCUCGAGCGAAAUUACAGGCCGCAGAGAAUGAGCUGGAAACCGCACACAGAACCAAUGCCGAUUUGGAGAAGGAGAUCAAAGAGGCGCGGCAAGGAUAUAUUGAACGGUCUGAAGACCUGGAACGUAACAAGCGGGAACUAGAGGAACAAGUGAAAUCAUUACAACAAAAUCUUACGGAAUGGUCGACUCUCCAGCGGAUUCUGGAAGAAAAGGUAACAUCUUCUGAGCGAAAUUCUAGAGCCCUUGAGGGUCGCAAUCAAGAGCUAGAGAAAGAGACUGAAAAGCUACGACGAACACUCACUGAAAGAUCUGAAACCUUAGAAAAGGAGAAACGGAAGCUACAGGAAGGGAUCGAAGAAUUGAGCCAAAAUUUUGCGGAAAGGUCGACAACUCUGGAGUGUCGACAACAGGAGCAGGAAGCAAAUGUGGCUUCAUUGCAACACAACUCGAAGUCCCUAAAAGGUGACAAGCGGGAUUUGGAAGCCGAAAUCAAAAAGUUACGAAGAGUGCUCACCGAAAGAUUUGAAGCUUUAGAAUGUCAUAACAAGGAGCUAGAGCAAGAGGUCGAAGACUUACGACAAACCCUGGAGAAAAGGACCGAAACUCUGGAAUCUCACAAGGAGGAGCUACAGAUGGAAGUCCAAGCGUUACGAAUAAGCCUCUGGAGAAAAUCCGAAGCUCUGGAAAUUCGAGAGCAGGAACGGGAGGAUGAAGUUAAAGAGCUGCAACAGCUUGUUGUGAAGACAAAGGCUCUGGAAAGUGAGAAGCGGCAGCUGCAGGAAGAAAUCAAAUAUCCGCAAAGAGUUCACCGGGUGGCUGAUGACCAGGACCACGACGAGGAGAACAUAGAUAUGCGACAAUCUCUUUUAGAACAUCCUUACACUCUGGAAGAUUACAAGAAGCUCGAAGACGGCGUCAAAGAGAUGCAGCAGACUCUCACGGAAAGAGAUGAAGCUACGGCUUCCCGCGAGCAAGAGUUUGAUGCAGAGGGGCAAAAUUUGCGUCGAAUUCCUGCAGAGACAUCGAACGCUCUGGAAGUGCAAAGGCGGCAGCCGGAGGAAGCUGGGCGGAAGCUGCAGGCAGGUCUGGAAGAAAAAUCGGCAGUUUUGGAAAGUAACGAAAAGGCCACAACCGAAGCGCUCCCCGCACAAAGAACGGAUCUUGAGGAGAAUUUCCAGGGUCUCAAGGACGAAGAGAGUCGAGCAGCCACAGUGCGACUAGAAGCACUAGAGAAAACACUGGUCGCCCAGCUCAACGAGAAGCAUGCUACGGAGCUAGAGAGCCUUCGAGAAUCGUUCGCGAAAGAGCUGCAACACAUCCAGACGGCACAUGCCGCGGCACUACACGAGUUCGUUGGGAGACUAGAAGGGAAACAUGGAGCGGUGGGGAAGAGCAGAGAGGCUAAUCAUCUGCUGGAAUUACGCGAUAAAAAACAGAGUCACAAAGGAAGCAAGGGAUUGACGAAGGAGCGAGGAGAGAGUCAUAUCCGCCCGCUAAUGAGGGAGAUUUUCAGUACAGGGAAGCUCAGACCAAAAAGCACCUCGUUCGGCGAUCACGUUGACAAAUCAGGGGCUUUUCGGGACGUUGAUGUUCAUUAG